AAAGGUUUUGGACAUGCCUUGGCAAAACAGCUUCACGCAAAGGGGUUUACUGUUUUUGCUGGAUGCUUGCUUGUGGAUGAGAAUGGAGAUGGAGCCAGGGAGCUGAAGAACAUGAAGUCAGAUCGCAUGAAAGUGCUACAGAUGGAUGUGUGCAGUGACCAGGAGGUGGCUCAGGCUGUGGAUUUUGUGAAGAGGACCCUGAAGAAGCCAGAGGAAGCAGGUCUGUGGGGCCUGGUGAAUAAUGCUGGUGUCUCGACCUUCGGAGAGGUGGAAUUUGCAAAUUUAGACAACUACAAGAAGGUGGCAGAGAUCAACCUGUGGGGCACCGUGAGGGUGACGAAGGCUUUCCUGCCCCUCAUUCGCAGAGCUAAAGGCCGUGUGGUGAAUAUCACAAGCAUGUUGGGACGGAUGGUGAGUCCAUCUCGCUCCUGCUAUUGCAUUUCCAAGUUUGGGGUGGCAGCCUUCUCCGACUGCCUCCGGCAGGAGAUGUACCGCUGGGGUGUCAGAGUCAUCCUCAUUGAGCCCAGUAACUUCGUGGCAGCAACAGGCAUCCUGACAGCAGACAGCAUCGACAAACAGGCUGAGGCACUGUGGAGUGGAGCCGGCGACACCGUGCGGGAGGACUAUGGGAGGGAGUAUUUCACUCGCCACGUGGCCCUGAUGAAGUCCUUUGUUAACAGUGGCCUGAAGGACAUGUCUCUGGUCUUGAAUGACAUCACCGAUGCGCUCACUUCCCCGUGCCCGAACAACCGUUACAAUCCCAUGGAGACCUACUGGUGGGUGAGGCUGCAAGUCAUGACUCACCUGCCCACUGCCAUUGCCGACUGGCUUUACAUCCCCGGAGCCACCCUGUAAAUGGCCGUCCUUCAGGCAUCCUUCCAGUGCUUGUACGUGCACACAGAUCAUCGGCAGAUGGAGAUUGCCUGGGGUCCAGGACCCAGAACGAUCCCACUGAACUGCAGCUUAAGCAGUGUUGUAAUCACUUCUGCCCCCUGCACUGUGAAAUGUGAGUAAUGUUAAGUAGCACUGAUUUGCACAGAGA